ACAACGCAAUGGAGUGCUAUUUUUGACCCAUCGCUGUCUGGAUCUAGGGUUUCCUCUUUCCUUCAAAGAACUCGCUUUGCUUCUUCAUCAACACCAAAAAACAAAAAAAGGAAAACCCUAAUUCCAGUGAUUUUCUUGAUUUUGAAAAUAGAAAGACUGAAUCGAUAAUCGAUCGAGGAAGAAUCAGCCAUCAAUUUGAUUUUUUUUUUUGUGUUUUCCUGGAUCAUUUCCCGAAUCAUACAUCGCAGAUCUAUUUUUUUUUUUUAUAAAAACCUGAGCAGAACAAAGAAAGCCUAAUUCUUCCCUUUUUUAGCUGUUUAAACUGCAAAAUCGCGAAAUCUGGAGAAAUUUUAAGCACUUUCUGAUUCUGAUGAUGAUGAUUUUGAGGGAGGAAUCGAUCGAACUGAUAAACCUUUGAUGAGAAAUUGACGAGGGAGGAUGGAUCGGGGAGAGAUGAUGAACAUGUUUAAAUCUGUGGUGUAUCGAGGGGAGGAGGUGUUGGGGGAGGUGGAGAUAUAUCCACAACUACAGCAGCAAGGUGAAGGUGAAGAAGAUGGGAGGAGAAUGGUAGAAGAAGAAGAAAUGAAGGAAAUCAGGAUAGGUUACUUCUCGCAAGCUAGUGAGAGGUGUCCACCACUGGCAGUUCUACAUACCAUUACUUCUUGUGGAAUUAGCUUCAAAAUGGAAUCAAAGCACUCCAUCUCUCAGGACACGCCGCUGCAUCUUUUGCACCACUCCUGUAUCAGAGACAACAAGACUGCAGUGAUGCCCUUAGGGACAAAGGAGCUCCAUUUGGUUGCCAUGUAUUCUAGGAAUGAUGACAGACCAUGUUUUUGGGGAUUCAAUGUUGCAACUGGUCUCUAUGACUCUUGCCUUGUCAUGCUCAACCUCAGGUGUCUUGGAAUUGUGUUUGAUCUAGAUGAAACUCUUAUCGUUGCAAAUACAAUGCGUUCAUUUGAGGACAGGAUAGAGGCUUUGCAGCGAAAAAUAAGCACUGAAGCGGAUCCACAGCGUGCUGCUAGUAUGGUUGCUGAGGUGAAGCGUUACCAAGAGGAUAAGGCCAUAUUGAAGCAGUAUGCUGAAAAUGAUCAGGUCAUUGAAAAUGGGAAGGUGAUCAAGAUUCAAUCGGAGGUUGUACAAGCCUUAUCUGACAACCACCAACCUAUUGUUCGUCCACUCAUACGGUUACAGGAGAAAAACAUUAUUCUCACUCGCAUCAAUCCACAGAUUCGUGAUACAAGUGUUCUUGUGAGGUUGAGACCUGCAUGGGAGGAUCUGCGAAGCUAUUUGACUGCAAGAGGGCGCAAACGUUUUGAGGUUUAUGUGUGCACAAUGGCUGAAAGGGAUUAUGCAUUGGAAAUGUGGAGGCUUCUUGAUCCAGAGUCAAAUCUGAUAAACUCGAAGGAAUUGUUGGACCGUAUCGUGUGUGUCAAAUCUGGUUCUAGGAAGUCAUUAUUCAAUGUCUUUCAAGAUGGAACAUGUCAUCCAAAGAUGGCAUUGGUAAUUGACGACCGCUUGAAAGUUUGGGAUGAUGAUGAUCAACCCCGGGUUCAUGUAGUCCCUGCAUUUGCCCCAUAUUAUGCUCCUCAAGCUGAAGCAAAUAAUGCUAUUCCCAUACUGUGUGUUGCAAGAAAUGUUGCUUGCAAUGUUAGGGGUGGAUUUUUCAGAGACUUUGAUGAGGGUCUUUUGCAAAAUAUACUUGGCAUCUCAUAUGAAGAUGACAUGAAAGAUAUUCCUUCUCCUCCUGAUGUGAGCAACUAUUUAGUUUCUGAGGAUGACCCUUCUGCUUUGAAUGGAAAUAGAGAACUGCUUUCUUUUGAUGGCAUGGCAGAUGCUGAGGUUGAAAGAAGAUUAAAGGAGGCCAUUUCAGUUGCUUCAACCGUGUCUCCAGCAGCCAUUGGUCUAGAUCCAAGACUUGCUCCUUCUAUUCAGUUCACAAUGCCAUCUUCAUCUGGUUCAAUUCCACUGCCAGCAUCCUUGUCCAUAACAUCAUCUCCCAAUAUGCAGUUUUCUAAUUCAGCUCCAUUAGUUAAACCACUGGGACAUGUAGGGUCCCCAGAACCAAGCUUGCAAAGUUCUCCUGCCAGAGAAGAGGGUGAGGUUCCAGAAUCAGAAUUAGAUCCUGAUACAAGGAGAAGGCUUCUUAUAUUGCAACAUGGACAAGAUACUAGAGAACAUACAUCAAGUGAACAGCCAUUUCCAGUAAGGCCUCCUGUGCCAGUUUCAGUUCCACCUGUGCAGUCAAGGGGAAGUUGGUUUCAUGUGGAGGAAGAGAUGAUCCCACGGCAGCUGAAACGAGCAGUUUCUAAAGAAUCUCGUUUAGAUUCUGAAUCUAUGCGUAGUGAUAAGCAUCGACCUCAUUAUCCAUCCUUUUUCCAUAAGGCUGAGAGUUCCAUUCCAUCAGAUAGAAUUCUUCAUGAAAAUCAAAGAUUGCCAAAAGAGGCAGUUCACAGGGAUGAUAGGGUGAGGGUGAACCAUACAUCUUCUGUUUACAAUUCCUUCCCAGGUGAGGAAAUGCCUAUGAGUCGAUCCUCUUCUAGCAGCAUGGAUUUAGAGUUUGAAUCUGAGCAAACUAUUCCUGGUGGAGAAACCCCGGUUGGUGUGUUACAGGAUAUUGCAAUGAAGUGUGGAACCAAGGUUGAAUUCAGGCCAGCUUUGGUUGCUAGCACAGAGCUGCAGUUCUCCAUUGAGACUUGGUUUGCUGGACAAAAAGUUGGUGAAGGAUUUGGUAGAACAAGAAGAGAUGCACAACGGCAGGCAGCUGAGGAUUCUAUAAAAAAAUUAGCUGAUAUAUAUUUAUCACGAAUAAAGUCUGAUUCUGGGGAUGUAAGUAGGCUUUCUAAUACAAAUGAUAAUGGUUAUCUUGGUACAUUCGGGAGUCAUCCAUCAGCUAAAGAUGAGUCUAUUUCAUCUGUGUCAGAGCCAUCCAGGCUUGUUGAUCCAAGGCUGGAUGGCUCCAAGAAGCCUUUGGGUUCAGUCUCUGCACUUAAAGAAUUGUGCACGAUGGAGGGUCUAGGGGUAGUUUAUCAUGAACUGCCUCCAUCUUCAUCAAACUUGGGGCAGAGGGAUGAAGUAUAUGCUCAGGUUGAAGUGGAUGGAGAGGUCUUAGGAAAAGGAAUUGGGUUAACAUGGGAUGAGGCACAGAUGCAGGCUGCUGACAAGGCCCUUGGAAGUUUACGAUCUAUGCUUGGUCAAAUUUCUCAGAAACGUCAGGGUUCUCCAAGGUCACUGCAAGGUGUGUCAAGCAAGCGUUUAAAGCCAGAGUUUCCACGAGUUAUGAGGCGGAUGCCCUCUUCUGCUGGUAGAUAUACCAAGAAUGCUCCCCCUGUUCCUUGAGAGACUUAAAAUCCUUACUUCGUCCCACCUAAUCAUGUCAUGGCUGUUGGGACAUCUGUACAGCAAACACUGUAUGCAAAGGGCGAUGGCUUUAGAUCCACGACCCACAUUGUCUAUCUGCCAUUUGGUUUCUUCUCUGUGUUACUUUUCAAUUGUGAAGCCCAACAGAUUUUUCUCAUGACUUCAAAGACUCCGGCAAGUGUGGUUGGAUGUUUCUCCAAGGGACCAUCGUUUUGAUAUAUGUCCAUGCUUCAGAAUUUCCUUGCAACUGUUGUGUCGUGUUCACUCAUCCAACCAGAAGGAUGAUAAAUCUUCAUUGUAUCAGUUUUCCAUCCCAGAGCUUCAAGAGUAUGACAGUUGACAAUAUGCAGCUAUGUAGGCUUCGGCAUCUCUCAAGCGCUUGAUGCCACCGGUGGCAAACUCUAGCUGGGUUUACCGGUUGUCCCAAGCUGGAGUAAAUGACUAUGGCAUGGAUCAGUAGUUGGUGCAUCUUCUCUCAUGCCAGUGUUAACAACACAGACUAACUACACGGUUUGACAUUUAGCUUGUUUGUGAUCUGUCGACGCAUCAGAAGAUCUGUAUUUUGAUCUCAGAGGCAAAAUUUGCGUACCAAUUGCUACUUGAGGUGAUGUAAUUACAGUUUUUCAUAAUCUACGGGCAUAAGAUUUCCUCGUGUCAAUUUUCUUUCACCUUGGCAGUUGAAACUUGGGAGUUCAUUCUCUUUAUUUCUUCUCCCUACUUGGCUUCCUCUUAAAACCAGGAAGGAAGAAUUGCAUUAAGGAAAGGAUUACGGAAGUACUCUCUUUUUUGUUUUUGUUUUUUGUUUUUGUCUUUUGUUUUUAGCUGUCAUUAAUAUAAGAGAAAUAUAAGAUAUUGAGUAAA